CCUGCAACCACCAUCUUCCUUGUAUUUGAACUUUUCCCAGCUUACCAUGGCCACCAUCUGGCAAGCCAAUUUCGACAGCGGCGUCGCGCACUUUAAAAGGUCGAAAUACCAAGAUGCUGUGCAAUUGUUCACGGAGGCCAUUGAUAACGGCGGCGACCAGCAAUUUCUCAUUUUUGAUUCCAGAGCCGCUGCAUACGACAAGCUCAACAAUCCUUUGGCUGCUCUUCGCGAUGCUAAAAAGGUCAUCGACCUCGCACCUACGCGGUGGCAGGGCUAUUUGCGUGCUGCCCACAUAUUCCACGACAUGCGAAAGCUUGACCAGUCUCUUAGCAUGGCGGACAUGGCCCUUGCACGUAUCAAGCAAGAAGACGCGAAAAGGCGCGCCCAAGUCACUUCUUUGAAGGACGCCGUCCUGGAGCGCAGACGACGCGUCGCAUAUCACCUCGGCAAGAUCCCCGUCGAGCUCAUGGUGGACAUUUUCGACAUCGUAGUGUCUCAUGACGCGACUUUUGUACUCACCAUCUCCGCAGUAUGCAGAUCGUGGCGCGACGUAGCACGCGGCACCUCCGCCCUAUGGCGCACCCUUGCACUGACGAACCGAAGUCCAGUCCGCAAGACUAAAGUAUGGCUUGAACGCUCCAAUGGCAGGAUACGAGAGCUCUGUCUUCGCAAACCGCUGCUAGAUGUAUCGGCGUGGAAGAUGGAGAACCUGCGAGUUGGGUUACAAUGGGAUUAUCUGAGAGUAUGCAAGUUUGAAGGCUUCGACCUAGCUUCGCAGCUGGAAAUUUGGGGUUUGGGCCGUGUAGUUCAGCAGUGGGAGGACGUGGAAAUUGUUGGUCAACAUCAUCGUCGAAGCUCGCUCUUCUGUCCGAAGUCGAACUUAAAGCGCCUUGUGCUUGACCUUGCGCUUUUCGACGCCGGACACAUAACCUCACCGCCAACUCAACUUUCCACCCUAAUUAUUCGAAUGAGUCCUUUGUUCCAUACAGGCAAUGUCCUUAUACCCUUCUUUGCCCAGAAUCCAAAUUUGGAGAUAAUAGAGCUCGAUGCACCCUUCCAAUACGGAAACGAAGGGGACGUACCUCCGGUUCGUCUGGAGCGCCUAACCAAGCUCAGCAUCGUCUGCCGUCCAGCCAUGUUGAACAUCUUUGAACAUCUUAUCCUUCCUUCGUUACAAGAUCUUACCUUGACACGAUCAAGCAAAUCAAUUAACGCCGUUCUGACGACACUCUGCAGCCAAUGCAUUACCCGCCUCCACAUUGCGUCAUGCGUCCUCACGGCGCCACCAUUAAUAGCGCUUCUGAAAUCAUCUCCAAGUCUUGAAACACUCGUGCUUCGGAACCUUAACAACAUCGCAGACCCCAUUCUCGAUGCUCUAGAGACAUCAUGCCCAUCUCUCCAUUACGUCGACUUGUCAGAGUGUCCUGACGUGCGGUCUGGGCCUCUAUCGCGUAUCGUCAAAGCACGCUGGCCACCCAGAGAAAAUGCGACAGAUGCAGAAACAGCAUUCGCCCCGAUUCAUACCCUCAUAGUCAACGGAUGCCCUCUGGUUGACGCGGAGUACCUACCGUGGUUCAGGCGGCGCGUGAAGAACUUCAGCUGUGUAUAUAUGACGAAGAAGGCUGCUAGUUGGAAGCGCUAAAUACGUAUUGACGUGUGUAUGUGCAAUCGAUGCAUCCGUCAUGGAAACAAUAGAUGUGAUAAUGGAGGCAAAAGGCUCUUGUCCGACGGCUGUGAGAUGGCGAUUAAAUAUUAUCAUUAUAUAUCAUCAGAGAGAUGUCAUACCUCCCGGCUGUCCCAUCCAAUGCACAUCAAGACAGUUCGAUCAUCGCGUAGGCUCUGGCUCUGGAUACACGGUGGAUGUGCUUUGGGAGCAGCAUUAAGCUGUUUAGCCCAGGUAACGUACUCGCUCCCAUGAGAUCUUUGACGAAUUUCCCAUCCUUGAC